AUGAUAACAGCUACUGAUGAGUCUAAUACAAAUGGCUUAAACAGUAACAGUAAUCCCCGUCUCCGCAGAGAUACACUGUUGCAUAUUCAAAAUGAAAUUCAGGAACUAUGGAGCCACAAUAAAAUAUAUGAGGCAAACAUGGAUCAAAGUCGUGAAAAGUAUAUGAUUACAUUUGCAUACCCAUACAUGAACGGAAGAUUACACCUGGGCCAUGCUUUUACAUUUACUAAAGCAGAUUUCCAAGCUAGAUUUCAAAGAAUGAGGGGUAAAAAUGUCUUAUUUCCAUUUGGAUUCCAUUGUACUGGUAUGCCAAUAUGCGCUAGUGCAGAUAAAUUAAAAUCUGAACUUGCAAAUAAUUCACUAGAUAAUGACUUAUAUACGAAUAAUAGUGAACAUGAAAAUCAGUUAAAGAGCAAGGUUGCAGCUAAAAUUGGUGGGCUAAAGACCCAAUAUGAAAUAUUGGAAUCUAUGGGGAUUGAAGUUAGUGACAUUCCGAAAUUUACUGAUCCUGUUUACUGGACUGAAUACUUUCCACCUUUAGCAAUGGAAGAUUUAAAGUUAUUUGGCGCAGCUGUUGACUGGAGGAGAUCUUUCAUUACAACUAAUAUUAAUCCAUACUAUGAUGCUUUUGUCAAGUGGCAAUUUCGUACAUUGAAGUAUAAAAGGGAUAAAAUUAAGCAUGGACUGCGAUCAGCUGUAUUUAGUCGUUUUGAGAACCAGCCAUGCGCUGAUCAUGAUAGAUCAUCUGGUGAGGGGAUAGGACCACAGGAAUAUACAUUAAUUAAGCUUAAGAUACAUUUAAUUCCAGAAUUUUUGGGAAGUAUUGUAAAGGGACGCGAAGUAUUUGUUGUAUGCGCAACUCUGAGACCAGAAACUAUGUAUGGCCAGACAAAUUGCUGGAUACUUCCAGAUGGUGAGUAUGACUUAGUAUUAGCCUUUGAUCAAGUCAUCCCAUAUGAUGCUAAAACAUCAGAUGGCGUGCUAUGCAAGAUAUUUGAUAAAUAUGAAGAUACAAUGAAAGAGUGCAAUACAGUAUACAUAUGUUCGGAGAGAUCUGCAUACAAUAUGGCUUAUCAGGGUAUAGUUCCACUAAUACAUGGGAGAGAGCAAGGUGUAUCAGAUAAAUUGUUGCCAAGGAUAGUGAGCUUGGGGAAAGUCUAUGGAGAGCAACUAAUUGGUACUCCUUUAUCUGCACCCAUGACACCUUACUCUUUGAUUUUUAUAUUACCUAUGUUUUCAAUAUCAAUGGAAAAGGGCACAGGUAUUGUUACAUCUGUACCUUCUGACUCACCAGAUGACUAUGCUGCACUGAGAGACAUUAAAACAAAGCCAUUACUCCGCGAAAAGUAUUCAAUAAAAGAUGAAUGGAUUCUUGAUCCUCUAGAAAUUAUAGAGGUUCCAGGUUUUGGUUUUAUGACUGCAGAACUACUUUGUAAUCAGUACAAAAUUCAAAGUCAAAAUGAUUCUGCUAAAUUGAAGCAAGCAAAAGAGGAAAUUUAUAAAAAAGAAUUUUAUGAAGGUAUUUUAAUUAGAGGCAAGUACAGCGGAAUGAAAAUUUGUGAUGCAAAGGAGUUAAUUAGGGAAUCUUUAAUUAAAGAUGGUUAUGCUCUAAUUUAUUUAGAACCUGAAAACAAAGUUGUUAGUAGAAGAGGAGAAUCUUGUAUAAUUGCACUAUGUGAACAAUGGUAUCUUAAUUAUGGUGAAGAGACUUGGAGGAGAAUAGUAUAUGACUGGGUUAUGAAUCAAUCUAAAUUUAGAACCUAUUAUCCUCAAGUAAGAACUUCGUUAGCUGAAGUUGUCAAUUGGUUGAAGGAAUGGGCAUGUUCUCGUUCCUAUGGUUUGGGGACUUUCUUACCGUGGGAAACAGAGAGUGAUCAAAAGAUAGUUAUUGAAUCAUUGUCUGAUUCAACAAUUUAUAUGGCCUAUUAUACAGUUGCUCACUUUUUACAAGGUAGUAUUAAUGGUAAAAAACCAGGACUUUUAAAUAUUAAUGUGGAGGACCUUUCUGACGAACUUUUUGAUUACAUAUUUUGUCUGACAGAUCAAUAUCCUAAGCUUAACAACAUUUCAAUGGAGAAAUUGCAUAAAAUGCGUGAUGAAUUUUCCUACUUUUACCCAAUGGAUUGUCGUGUCUCGGGGAAAGACUUAAUAUUUAAUCAUUUGAUAAUGUGCUUGUACAACCAUGUAGCAAUAUGGGACAAAAGUACUAUGGCUGACAAGUUUUGGCCGAAAGGAUUUUACUGUAAUGGCCAUAUUAUGGUGGAUUCAGCAAAGAUGAGCAAGUCUCUUGGAAAUUGGAUUACAUUACAUGAUGGAAUUAAUGAAUUCACUUCCGAUGCAUGCCGUAUAGCCCUAGCUGAUGCAGGAGACACUAUUGAUGAUGCUAAUUUCUGUCGAGAUUCCGCAAAUUCUGCUAUAAUGAGACUCUUUGCACUUCUCCAAUUUGUGCAAAUGUUUCAGGAUAGAAAGGAGAAAAUGAGGUAUGGAAGUGAAGCAGAUGAACAAUCUACAGACCAUAAUUUAGUAAGAGAGUCACUGGAACAAAUCGAUGAAAUAUUUGCUAGCGAAAUUAUUCGUCUUAUUGAUGAAUGCAGAAAGUCAUAUGAAAACUUUUCAUAUCGUGAUGCUUUAAAAUUUUCUCUGUUUGAGUUUCAAAUGAGACGCGAUCAAUAUCGUACAAUAUGUGGUGGUAGUGACUUAGACAUGAAUAAGUUUAUUGUUGAAGCUUUUAUAAAUAUUCAACUUAAGAUUCUUUGUCCUAUUGCUCCCCAUACUUGCGAAUAUAUUUGGAGAAAUAUACUGAAACGUGAAUCAUUCCUUGUUUCUGAAGAAUGGCCUAUUUUAAGUAGCAUAAAUGGUUAUCAUUAUUCCACUAUUAAUAGUAAGAAGUUGAUACUUCUCUUAAAGUCAAUUGAUGAAUUCCGAAAAAGUCUUGAUAAAUGGACUUCAAACCAAAAGAAGAACAAGAGUUGCACUAAAUACGUUCAUGCUGUAGUGUAUGUAGCAAAGGAGUACAAGCAAUGGCAAAUUGAGGGUCUAAAAGUAAUUCAGUCAAUUAUUGAGAGAGAGGGGACUUUACCGAAGGACUUUAUCACGAAAGUUAGAGAAGCAACAGAAAUUAAGAAAAUGGAUAGUGGCGAUUUGAAGAAUACAUUAGCAUUUUUAUCCUUAAAAGUUACUGAAUACAGAGAAAAUAAAUCAGCACUAUCCAUAAAUUUACCCUUCGAUGAAUUUGCUUUUUUCUCUCUACAUUCUAAGUCUAUUGCUAGAAUUUUGAAUAUAAGAGAAUUAUUGGUGAAAGCAACUUCUGAUUGCAAAGACUUACCCUCUGAUAAAGUCUCACAAAUAAUACCUACUAGGCCUGCAAUUUUAUUCUAUUGCGAAUGA